AUGAAGCUUAUUGCUGUUGCUACUGCAAUCAUCGCCACAGCAAAUUCUUUGGCGACUGGUAACGAAACAUGUUGCUUUACCUUGACUGCCUCCGGUGGGCAAUCGGGACCUGUGGGACAGAUAGAUGAUGGUCAGACUCGUAUUGGAAAUGGUACACAGCCAGGCCAGUUUUGUGUCAACUCUUCCGGUGCCAUAGUAGAUGGGAAAGGCCGUGGUUGCUUUCUAACGCCACCAACGUCUCAGUUGCAGUGUGACGAAGGAGCUUCUCCUCAACCUGGUUUUUCGGUUGAUUCCAGCGGCCGACUACAUCAUAAUGGAUCUACCGAAUUCAUAGCAUGUCUGUCCAGUCAAGGCGAUCAAUUGAAUAUUUAUACCAAUCCUGCCCCGCAGGAUGUCAAUGGCUGUCAAAAUGUCUCCUUCGAGGCAAACAACUGUCAUUCAACGGGUCCUUCUGCCAGUGCUCCUGGUGCUAUUCCUACUUCUCCUACGAAUACAGCAGCUCCUCCGCCCGGCCCUGGUCCUACUUCUCCGGGUGCUCCAAGUGGCCCUGGCUCUGGUCCUGGUCCUGGUCCUCAUCCCGGUCCUGGCCCUAGUGCGCCUGGCAGCCCAGGAGGUCCAAAUCCAGGUCCUGAGCCAGGUCCAGGAGGCGGGCCCCAUCCGGGCCCUCCGGGAGGCCCAAGUCCACCAAGUAACUCCAGUAUUCCAGCUCCUCUGAGCAAUUCUUAUCCCCCCGAAGGUUCGCAUCCUGCCGGUUCUAGUGCGCCAGGUGGUCCUAGCGGUACGGGAACCCCAGCACCGGGAGCCCUGGGAGCACCUCCACCAAAUAAACCUGAGCCUCCUACUGCCAGUGAGCCAGGGCCCUCUCAUCCAAGUGGUACAUCCCAUCCAGAAUCACCGGGUGGCCCAGGAACUUCUCCCACAGGACCUGGCACUCCGCCUUCAAAUCCUUCCGGGGCAGGCUGCCCAACUGAUCUUACCCCCGGGAAUUAUGAAUUCCCUCACCUGAUCAUACCAAUCGAUAGCUCUUCGCCAUCUAAAAUCCCUGGAACCUCAUUCAACGGUACUAUUGACUCAAAAAUCUCGUCAAUUUUCAAUUUCGAUAUUCCUCCCUCACUUUCCGGCAAACGCUGCUCUCUUGUUUUCCUUUUCCCUACAAAGGACAAACUGAUUACUUCCUCAUAUUCUUUCAGUGGUGAUGGUGCGAUUGAUUUUGCUCAGCUUCAGUCGCCCGCUACUUUGCAGACCUCUGCAAGCAACGCUCCAGCAGUGAGGACAAAUCUUGGAGUCACCACAGUGUCUCCUGGGCAUUCCUAUACAAUCACGACCUUUUCUUGUCCAGCUGGAGAGACUAUUGCAUAUGAAAUGAAGAAUGCCGGAACCACUGACCUCGAAUGGUUUGAGGACUUUAAUCCCGCUGCCUAG